CGACUUCCCCAUCUACCCUAGCGCGCCACCGCCGGCCCCCUCCCCCAGCGCGUCGUCGAGCAGCCCCUGGAUGGCGCAACUCCGGCUGCACCAUCGUGGUGGAUGCGCGGCGCCGUCUUUGAGAUGCUCCAUCAGCUGCUCCUCCUCCUCCUGGAGGAGGCAGCAGGAAAGAGCUAAGCGAUCUUCAGUUCAUGUUUGCUGCGAUUUUCAGUCCAGCCGGCUUACUAUUUCAUCACCAGGAUUCAGUAAAUGUAGCCUUUGUCUUCUCACUGAAGUUUUAUUGUGAAGAUUUUUUAAUGCACACCGAAACCAGAUUGUCUGCUGCUACAUGCGCAUCAUAUGCAUAUUUUUCCAUCAAGAAACCUCAUCAUAUGUAUAUGUCUUCUAACUCUAGAUUUUGAUGAUGCAAAGUUGUAUCGGUGUACACAUUUCUUAUUUCUAUUGCUAUUUGUUCAAAUGACCAAUUGCUAUAAGUUCCUAUGUGUGUUAGAGAACAAUAGUGUUUGGCCGGUUCAA